UGACAUACCCGCUCGCCCUUCCUACUGUUUCAUUCACAUUUAAAGCUUCACUACCAGACACUGGCACACAAAGAAUGGAGCGAGUCAAAUACACUGGACAGUUGAUGAACAUUGAGGAUGUUGGCAUGGAAACGGUGAAAAAGUUGAUCCAGCACUCCCAGGAGGCAAAGAAGCAAGCGUAUUGCCCGUACAGCAAAUUCAGAGUGGGAGCGGCUCUUCUGACCGUGGACAACUACUUAUUCACAGGCUGCAAUGUGGAGAAUGCAUGUUAUAACCUGGGAGUGUGUGCAGAGAGGAAUGCCAUUUCCAAGGCAGUGUCUGAAGGCUACUGUGCAUUCAAGGCCAUUGCAAUCGCCAGCGACAUGAGUGACCAGUUCAUUUCUCCAUGCGGCGGGUGCAGGCAGUUCAUGAGAGAGUUCGGGUCCAGCUGGGACGUUUACCUCUCCAAGCCUGAUGGCACCUACAGAAAAAUGACCGUCAACCAGCUGCUCCCGGUCUCGUUCGGCCCUGAAGACCUGGCUAUGAAGAAAGUACCGGACAUGGCCAAUGCGUGCUGAAACUACAAUACAACUUAAAUGUAAUUAUAGUUCAUAGUUUCAAGUGUUUAUAGUACAAACUUGCCACUACAACUUCCGACUUUGUAUUUUUAAGUAUACAUAAUGAGAACUGUAUUCUCUAGUGUUGAUUGAUAAUUUUUUUUGUUACUGGAUUUGCAUUAAUACAUUGAAGCGAGCAUGACAGAAACAAACAUUUAUUAGUUUAUAAUAGAAUAAAGGACACAUAUCAAAACAAUAUGCACACAUUUUAAUAAAUAGUUUAUAAAGAAGCACUAGAUCAUUAAAUGCCAUAAACAACAAAACAUGAGUUACAGUGUAAUGCAAUUAUUUUUUUUUCCAGAAGCUAAUUAUUUAAUUAUGGAAUAAAAAGACAGUAUCCAGUGCAAAUGAGCUAUACGCUUGUUUGUGGUUGAUGUUCUUAUCCCAUGCUUUAUAAUAAAGUAAAUCUUUCACUGCU